CGAAAGCAGAGGUUCCGGAUUCCGGGCUUCAGAAUAAAAGGGUAGGCAGGUGAGAAACUGAGGUAGACAGGUGGGCAAACCGUGAGGUGAACGUGGCCCUAGUUUGGUGUAGCAGAGGCUGGAGAGAAGGCGAGGACCCUAAAGAACCGGACGGGGAUGGAGUGCACUGCAGAAUGAACUCAGCUUUGGUUGAAGGAGAGCUUCCGAGAGGUCAUUAGGACUAAGGUCAAUCUCCGCCUACUUUGCUGUCACUUUUAUCUUCUCCCUCCCUGAAUUGAACAGUUGGAUUCAAAGACUGUGGAUUCCCCAUUACUCAGGGUGGUGUUGCUUUGCAGACAGCUGGCAGAGAGAAAAGUUGGCUACCAUGGAAUCACCAGAGGAGCCUGGAGCAUCCAUGGAUGAAAACUACUUUGUGAACUACACUUUCAAAGAUAGGUCACACUCUGGCCGUGUGGCUCAGGGCAUCAUGAAACUGUGUCUGGAGGAAGAGCUCUUUGCUGAUGUCACCAUUUCAGUGGAAGGCCGGGAGUUUCAGCUCCACAGGUUGGUCCUCUCAGCUCAGAGCUGCUUUUUCCGGUCCAUGUUCACUUCCAACCUGAAGGAGGCUCACAACCGAGUGAUUGUACUGCAGGAUGUCAGCGAAUCUGUUUUCCAGCUCCUGGUUGAUUAUAUCUACCAUGGGACCGUGAAACUUCGAACUGAAGAGCUACAGGAAAUUUAUGAGGUGUCAGACAUGUAUCAGCUGACAUCUCUCUUUGAGGAAUGUUCUCGGUUUUUGGCCCGCACAGUGCAGGUGGGGAACUGCCUUCAGGUGAUGUGGCUGGCAGAUAGGCACAGUGAUCCUGAGCUCUAUACUGCUGCCAAACACUGUGCCAAGGCCCACCUGGCCCAGCUGCAGAGCACAGAGGAAUUUCUCCACCUGCCCCACCAUCUACUCACUGAUAUCAUCUCGGACGGAGUUCCAUGUUCCCAGAACCCAACAGAGGCAAUAGAAGCCUGGAUCAAUUUCAAUAAAGAAGAAAGAGAGGCUUUUGCAGAGUCACUGAGAACUAGCUUGAAGGAGAUCGGGGAGAAUGUGCACAUUUACCUGAUCGGGAAAGAGUCAUCUCGUACCCACUCGUUGGCUGUGUCCUUACACUGUGCAGAAGAUGACUCCAUCAGUGUAAGUGGCCAAAACAGCUUGUGCCACCAGAUCACUGCAGCCUGUAAGCACGGUGGAGACUUAUACGUGGUGGGAGGGUCCAUCCCACGGCGCAUGUGGAAGUGCAACAAUGCCACUGUGGACUGGGAAUGGUGUGCACCUUUGCCCCGGGACCGGCUCCAGCACACCCUGGUGUCUGUGCCCGGGAAAGAUGCUAUAUAUUCACUGGGUGGCAAGACACUGCAGGAUACCCUCUCCAAUGCAGUGAUCUAUUAUCGGGUAGGUGACAACGUCUGGACAGAGACAACCCAGCUAGAGGUGGCUGUGUCAGGGGCCGCUGGUGCCAACCUUAACGGGAUCAUCUACUUACUCGGGGGGGAGGAGAAUGACCUGGACUUCUUUACCAAACCUUCCCGACUCAUCCAGUGCUUUGACACAGAGACAGACAAAUGCCAUGUGAAGCCCUAUGUUCUGCCCUUCGCAGGUCGCAUGCACGCAGCUGUGCAUAAGGAUCUGGUGUUCAUCGUGGCUGAAGGGGACUCCCUGGUGUGCUACAAUCCCCUGCUAGACAGCUUUACCCGGCUUUGCCUUCCUGAGGCCUGGAGCUCUGCCCCAUCCCUCUGGAAGAUCGCCAGCUGUAACGGGAGCAUCUAUGUUUUUCGGGACCGAUAUAAAAAGGGGGAUGCCAACACCUACAAGCUUGACCCUGCCACUUCGGCUGUAACUGUCACCAGAGGCAUUAAGGUGCUACUUACUAAUUUGCAGUUUGUGUUGGCCUAAGGCUGUGGGGGGAAGAGCAGCUGACUUUUGCCCUCCCAUUUUCCGGCACCUAUCCAUCCGAAUUCAAAGUCCCUGGGGCCCUGAUCAGAGUACUAUGUUAUUUUUUGGGCACAUGUUAGAAAGGGCAGCACCUCAGUCCUUCCUGAACCCAUAGGGGUGUUCCAUUUGGGGCUUUUUGGACCGAUGCUGCUCAGCUGGCUGCUCCAACAGGAGCCAGCCGGCCCUCUGCUGUCCUCUGGUAAUCCGGUGCCUCACUGCGGACGGCUGCGAGUAAGCCAGUUCUCAGACCGCAGGCACAGCCGCCUCUCAUUCCCUGAUCAAUGUUAAGUAGAGGCACCUCUGACCCAGGACAGAAGGAAAGAUGCCCCCAUCUUCCUUUUUUUUUAUAACCUGCAGAGUGGCUGGUUGGUAAUUUUCCCACAAAGAAUUAGGUAUUAGAGUUUUUCUUCAGGCUUUGGUUGGGAGAAUGGUCUAAGCUGAAGGUGUCCUUCACCAGCAAGCACCAACUCUAGAAUUCAGGACACUGCAUCUCAUGUUUUCUCACCUGUCAGGAAAUGAACACUUUGGGGUUUUUUUGUUUGUUGGUUUGGGUUUUUUGCGUUUUUUUUUUUUUUUCUUCUUCUUCUUUUUCCCCUCCGUAUACAUGCUAUUUAUUUAUUUUUAAUUUUUCUUUAGACUGUAUUUUUUGUUUCAGGGGUACAGCUCUGUGAUUCAUCAGUCUUACACAACACCCAGUGCUCACCACAACACAUACCCUCCCCAAUGUCCAUCACCCAGCCACCCCAACCCCCCACCCCCUCCCCUCCAGCAAGCCUCAGUUUGUUUCCUAAGAUUAAGAGUCUCUUAUGGUUUGUCUCCCUCUGUUUUCGUCUUGUUUCAUUUUGUCCUCUUUUCCUCUAUGAUCCUCUGCCUUGUUUCUUAAAUUCCACAUAUCAGUGAGAUCCUAUGAUAAUUGUCUUUCUCUGAUUGACUUAUUUCGCUUAGCAUAAUACCCUCUAGUUCUACCCACGUUAUUGCAAAUGGCAAGAUUUCAUUUUUUGAUGGCUGUGUAAUAUUCCAUUGUAUAUAUAUACCACAUCUUUAUCCAUUCAUCAGUCAAUGGACAUCUGGGCUCUUUCCAUAGUUUGGCUAUUGUGGACAUUGGUGCUAUAAACAUUGGGGUGCAGGUACCCCUUCGGAUUACUACAUUUGUAUCUUUGGGUUAGAUACCCAGUGAACACUUCUUUGGGUUUUUUUUUGGGGGGGGGUUAAGAUUUUAUUUAUUUGAGAGAGAGAGAACGAGUGGGGGAAGGGGCAGAGGGAGAAGCAGACUCCCCGAGGAGCAGGGAGUCUGAUGCGGGACUUGAUCCCAGGACUCUGGGAUCAUGACCUGAGCCGAAGGCGGGUGCUUGACUGACUGAGCCACCCAGGCGCCCAACAGUUUGGUUUUAUUUCUGGCUUACUCCAAAGAGUAACCCAGAAAGAAGUAGAAAGUAUUAUUUCUGAUUAAUAGCAGAAACUUUUUUCAAAUUUAAAUAUGUAAGGUCUUUACUCUUUUAAAAGCACUAAGGUAAGCCAAGAGCUAGGAAGUGUUCAUACAAAUAAAAGUUUUGGAAGGGAUAUGUGUGUCUGUUUUGAAUUCUGAAGGAGUGAUUCCCUAAGGUAAAUGGAUUGCAUACUUGCCACAAUACUGACUAGAUCCUGUACUUCCUUUUCUACAUACAGGAUCACUGCUCCAAAAGGGGAGGAGAGCCCCAUGGGGCCCGUGAAUUGGGGUCUGACAGUGGCAAAGAGUCUGAGCUGAGUAUUUCUCCUCUUUCCCAGUGUUGAAUGUUUUUGAGUCGUGCUAAAUAUCAUCAGGCACAGCGUCAGCACACAAUAGAUCUCUUUGACCCUCUUCAAGAAAACGAGGACCCGCAUCCCAUGUCCCCGUAGCCAGUGAAUCGAAGCCACGCUAAAUCUCUCUAGGCAUACGACAGCGUUACUUCAGGAAAGUGAAACAAGACAAAGGAGCAAAAUUAUCCAUUACUCAGCACAUUUCUGCUACGUCAAGUCUGGGCGUAAUCCCCCUUGGUCCUGUUAAAGCUAUUUGAUUCUAUAGCAAGCAGGGUUGUCUUGAGUUCUUUCUAAUCUGUGUAUUUCACGUCUGUGAUGUGUGACCAGUCUUAUCCUUUGCUGCCCCUGCAGUAAUCUCCUUGUGGAACUCUUUGAGAACUUCCAACUGGCCAGAUCUGAUGUGGAUGUGUGACCGGAUCUUGGUGAUGGCUCUUAUAGCCUCCUCUGGACUCCAGUUGUACACCUGAAGUACAGGAUUGGGAAAUCAGAGAAAGAAAGGAGGUGUUAAGGUGUCCUUGACCUAAUAACAGGUGCUAAUGGACUCUCAGAAUUUCAUUAUUUUAAAAACUUCAUUUGGGGGGGGCAUUAAAAAACAUGCCCCAUAUAUUAUAAAUGGGGGGGUACUAUAACCCCCUCAGUCAACCAGUCCCACAAUACUUUGCAAUAGGCUGAGCGGACAAGUCAAUCUUUCUACCUAAUUCUUGCUAUGCCAAACCCUGGAAAAAGAAAGUUGAACAUGCAAAGCUGAGACCCUAAUUCAAGCCUGCGAAGGCCUAUUAGAUGUCCUCUGGGAGCUGCGGGCAGUUGGUUAUGUUUCCUGGAGAGAGUAUAUGGUAGAUGUUUUUAUUCAACUUGUCAUCAUGGCUAGGAAAACAGCACUUUUUAGAUUUAAGUAAGAGGGUUAUCUUUGUAUCCUAAGGAUACCUAUUGGUUUAGAACUGUACAAAACCAAGAAACUACAGAUUUCAAGCCCAGCUGGGUCAAUUCUCACAAAGUCCAAAAUAUCCUCCUGAGAACCCAUUUCCAGUAAAUAGAGUCCUAAUGAUCAGAGCUUUAAUACUGUUAAAUCACAUACCAGUCCACAGUAACUCAAAGCCAGGCCUGUUAUCUCUACAUUUCCUUUUUCCUUAAACUAUCCACAUAACUUAGUAAAUGUUCUACAGGGGCCAGACAGGUAACAAAAAAUGAGUCAAGUUGGGAGUUGUGUAACAGGGAGUAAUGGACUAGAGAGUAUUUGCUUAUACAUAGUCUUAAAAGCCUCACACCUGCCAAUCAUAAAGUGAUAGACAAAAUUCCAUUGGAUCCUCUGUUUCUAGAAGCUAAUGUCUGGAACUUUAUUCUGAAAUACUUCAAGAAAUCUUCAGUCCUACAGAGCUGUUAAGUGACCAGCACUACUGUCUACAGUACUAGAUUUCCUGACGUGCUAUUUAUAAAAAGUGCUUUUAUUUUAGUCUUUUACUGGUGUUAACAUCCUUUGCAACUUCAUUUUUUGAGUGCCUGUUGUAGGUAGGUCAGUGCUUGACAUACUUUCUCAUUCAAGCUUUAUGACACAUUUAGUUUGAGGAUCAGAGAGGGGAAGCCACUUUUGCCUAAGGUCACACAGCUGUUAGGUGGCAAAGCCAGAGGUCAGCCUAUCUGCAAACUUCAGGUGCUUUCCACCUCCCAACAGCCAGAAAUUGGGGACAUGGCUCCUUCCAGCAAGGCCUUCCAGGAGACCACGCUACUGAAGUUCUAGAAAUAUGCUAUGAAUAGACCAGUCCAGAAAGACCUUUCCUACCUGAAUCAGAUAUGCUGCCACCAUAGUGGCACUUCUGGAGCGCCCAGCCUUACAAUGCACGUAGACAGACUGGCCCAGCGCCUGGUACUUGAGAGCAAACUGGACUCCUUUCUGGAGGUUAGCCAAGGUUGGGACUCCAGUCAUGUCUACUGUGCUGAGGCGCAGCUGCUCGACUCCUACGUUCCUCCAUUCCUGGAACCAGGUCCGCCAGCAUACAAAAGAGAAGGAAAAAAGCCUCACGUGAGUAGUUUGAAUACAGGCUCCCAAGAGACAGCAAAAUAACAAGGAAGCUUAAGGUUUACUACAAUGUGGCUAUACUUAAACAAGAAACUUCUUACAGAGAUGUCUUUAAAAUGGCUGACCUGCAUGAUGGGUCUUUCAUCAAACAACAGCUGUGCUACUGACUUAGAAUUAUGUUCAAGAUUUAAAAUGUUCCUCAAGUACCCUUUGGGUGUUUCAAUCUUUUUUUUUUUUUUUUUAAGAUUUUAUUUAUUUAUUUGACAGACAGAAAGAGAAAGAGCACGAGUAGGGAGAGCGGCAGGCAGAGGGCGAGGGAGAAGCAGACUCCCCACCAAGCAGGGAGCCUGAUGUGGGGCUCGAUCCCAAGACCCUGGGAUCACGACCUGAGCCAAAGGCAGACACUUAACGACUGAGCCACCCAGGCGCCCCUCUGCCACUUUUUUUUUUUUUGAGAGAGUACAUGGCAGAAAAUAGAGUUACCAUUUUAAAAUUAAAACAACACACCUACCUUUGUUAGUACAUUAUCACUUCAGAAAAAGAAAAGAAUAAGUGAUAGAAGAAAUAAGGCCUCUGUCAUAUCAAGCUUUUUUUUUUUCUUUUCCCCUUUUUUUUGCCUGUAAGACUCCAGAUAAGAUGGUACCUGUCUGGCUCAGUUGGUAGAGCAUGCGACUUAUGAUCCGGUUGUAAAUUUAAGUCCCACCUUGGGUAUAGAUUACCUAAAAAGUAAAAUCUUAAAAAAAAAAAAAAAAA